AUACAGUGCAGCAAUGGCUAAGAAGACUGGCCAACUGUUAUCCAAGCUGCGUGCUCUCAUGAAGAGCCACGGACAACUUUCAGCAUACAUUAUCCCCUCUGAUGAUGCUCACAUGAGUGAAUAUGUCUGUGAAAAGUUUCUUAGGCGUGGUUUCAUUUCUGGUUUUACUGGUAGUGCUGGAACAGCAGUUGUUUUGAUGGAGAAAGCCCUCUUAUGGACAGAUGGACGUUACUUUCUUCAAGCUGAACAACAGAUGGACGAAAAUUGGGGUUUGAUGAAAGCAUUCAUGCCUGGAACCCCAAGCGAAGAAGAAUGGCUUGCAGCUAAUUUAGGUAGCAAUGAUAAAGUUGGAAUUGACCCUAAAACAUGUUCCAACACGAUUAAAACUCUCAAGAAACAGCUUGGUAGUGCUGGUAUUGAACUUGUUUCUGUCAAGGAAAAUCUAAUCGACCUUGUCUGGGAUGAUGCUCCUUCACUACCAGACGCUCCAGUCUUUCUUCAUAGCAUGAAAUAUGCAGGAGAAGAUGUUCCCUCAAAGUUGGAGAGUGUUAGAAAGCAAUUAAAAUCAAAACUGUGCAGCUCUAUUGUGUUGAGUGCUUUAGAUGAUAUUGCUUGGACUUACAAUCUGAGAGGCAAUGAUGUCAACUACAAUCCAGUUUUCUACUCAUUUGCUGUCAUAGAUCAGUCUACAUCUACUCUCUAUGUGGAUGAGAGUAAGUUGUCUACUGAGAUAAAGGAAUAUUUAUCCAAUGCCUCAACAUCUAUUAAACCUUAUGAUGAGAUUUAUUCUGAUGUCAAAAAUCUAGAAGGAAGAGUAUUUCUUCCCCUGUCCACAAAUGCUGCCAUUUUCCAGGCAAUCGAUGAAAAGAACAGGGUUGGUGGCAUGAGUCCUGUGCAGGAGCUCAAAGCAAUUAAAAAUGAAGUUGAGCUUGAAGGGAUGAGGAACUGUCAUAUCAGAGAUGGUGCUGCCUUGACUGAAUAUCUUCACUGGUUGCAAACUGAGGUUCAAAAGCCAGGUGUUGUGAUUGAUGAAGUUGAUGGAGCUGACAAAGCAGAACUUCUUCGAAGUAAGCAUGACAAAUAUGUAUCACUCAGUUUUGAUACUAUUUCAAGUUCUGGAGCAAAUGGUGCAGUCAUUCAUUACAAACCUGAAAAAGGUAGCUGCCUUCAAAUAGACAAAGAUGAUAUCUAUCUUUGUGAUUCUGGAGCUCAGUACUCGGAUGGAACUACUGAUAUUACCAGGACAACUCACCUGGGUGAACCAACUGACUACCACAAGGAUUGCUUCACUAGAGUCAUGAUGGGCCAUAUUGAUUUGGCUAUGGCUGUGUUUCCACCUGGAACCAAAGGAACCUGUUUGGACUGUUUAGCAAGGAGACCUCUCUGGAAUGUGGGACUAAACUAUCAGCAUGGCACUGGUCAUGGUGUUGGAUCUUUCCUAAAUGUUCAUGAGGGUCCAUGCAGAAUUUCUGGUGGAAAUAGGAUGAGCAAGCAUGAGAUGGGUCUCAAAAAGGGUAUGAUAUUGUCAAAUGAGCCUGGCUAUUAUGAAAGUGGAAAGUUUGGAAUGCGGCUUGAAAGUUUGGUGGAAGUUGUCGAAACAUCUGUUGGUCCUGAAAAAGGUAAACAUCUAACAUUCAACACAAUAACCAUGGCACCAAUAGAAAGAAAGCUCAUCAAUACCAAGCUGAUGACUGCUGGCCAAAUUGACUGGCUGAACCAUUACCAUCUCACUGUAAGAGAGAAAGUUGGAGCUGUUUACGAGGAACUGGAAGAAGUCAAGAGCUUAAAGAUUGGCUGCAUGCAAUGACAGAGCCUAUGUAAAUUUAUCAACAAUAACAUUUGGCAAACUUUUUCAUAUAAUUAUAGAUGAUUUAUUAAAUAAGUUAGAUAGUGGGAUAAAAGACAUUGUCAACCGGUUUUCAAAAUACUUUUUGAACUUAAUUUAUAAACAUUUAGAUAUAUCAGGUUAUUAAAUGAUGUUAUAAUGAAGAAUUUUUACUGUUAACAAUUAUGGUUAAUAGAACAUUAUCAUAAUACAGUAAACCCUUGAAUAUAAUUGAUGUUUUGGGAGGAAGUGAAAGUCUCCACUCAGUUUUUCAAACAAAUAGUUGUCGACGUUUCGGCUCAUAAUUGGGAAAAUUAAUUUAGGCCACGUAAAUCAAAUCCAGUGAAUCAAGGGUCUACUGUAAUUAUUUACUUGAAAAUUGUAUUUUUUUUCAUUGGAAACCUAUCCAUUUAUGAAUACAGGACCCUCUCACAGUCUUUCAGUGACUCGUGAUUUGAUAUGUUAUCAAAUAUAUUAAGGCGUUGCACAAACAUAAUUACAUUACAU